UCGUGAGCUCACUUAAAUCAGUUUCUGGGUUUCUUUCAUUUUGUCAGGUUCCUUCUGCGAUUGCUUUUGGGGAAGUAUGAGAGCGAAGCUAAAAUAAGCUGCUCUUCGUAUUCGAUGUACCCUUUUAUCCGAAACAGUGGGGGAAUUUCUGCUGCUUUUAAAUACUAAAUGACAAUGUGAUUCGAGCGGGGAAUUGAUUUCUGAAAACGCUACAAUUCCCGGAGAUUUUUAUGGACACAAGUUACUGUAAAUUCUACUUUUCACAUCAGUUUGAAAAAAAAACACACAAAGGAGAUGCAUUAGCGGCACACCAGAACUACGGAUACUUACGCACCUGGAAUGUGAGUCUGAAGGCCACUACUUUGCUACCUCAUACACUGAGGCUGGAUACUUUCUUUACCUAAAGGAGCCUGCUGGACAGGUACCUGGGAACUAUGGAAGAACGGGUGCAAUGGGCCCGUUUCCCAUGGCAACGGCUGGUUUCUGCUAGGGCCAGACACAACCAGGAAUACCCUCCACUCCAGUCUAAGAGCUUGCUCUACCAGUCCCCAAAGAGUAUCAGCAAGCACAGAACUGUAAUCCCCUGCCUGGGCCCCUUCAUAGAAGAAUAUGAAAACAUUUCCAAGACCUAUAUGGACAACAGUAUAAGGACAACCAAAUACACUGUAUUGAAUUUUAUUCCCAUGAACCUCUUUGAGCAAUUUCACAGGGCUGCCAAUCUGUACUUUCUCUUUAUUGUCAUCUUGAACUGGGUGCCUGUGGUUGAGGCUUUUCAAAAGGAAAUCACAAUGAUUCCCCUGCUUGUUGUCCUGAUUGUCAUUGCCUUUAAAGAUGCCCUGGAAGAUUACAGAAGAUACACUUUUGAUAAAAAGAUAAACAGCAACAUAACUAAAGUUUACAGUAGAAAACAUAAAAAAUACAUUGAUCAGUGUUGGAAGGAUGUUCGUGUUGGAGACUUUGUUCGCCUUUCCUGUAAUGAAAUAAUUCCUGCAGACAUGGUGCUUCUGUACUCUUCUGACCCUGAUGGCAUCUGUCACAUAGAGACUGCAAAUUUGGAUGGAGAGACAAACCUAAAACAAAGGCAGGUUGUCAAGGGGUUUUUGGAACAGGGCUGUGAAUUUAAUCCAGAAACAUUUAACAGUCGUAUUGAGUGUGAAGGUCCCAACAAUGACCUAAAUCGCUUUAGAGGGUUCAUGGAGCAUCCCAAUCAGACACGAGUGGGUUUACAUAAGGAAAAUCUUUUGCUUAGGAGUUGCACAAUUCGAAAUACAGAAACUGUAGUUGGCAUUGUUGUUUAUGCUGGGCAUGAGACCAAAGCAAUGAAGAAUAACAGCGGCCCUCGGUAUAAACGGAGCAGACUGGAGAGAAGACUGAAUGUUGAUGUCCUUUGGAGCGUUGUUCUGCUUUUCCUUAUGUGCCUCACUGGAGCUAUAGGUCAUGGGAUCUGGCUUAGUAGAUUCAAGGAUCCCCCAUUUAUUAUUCCUGAUGACACAACCCCUGUCCUGGCUGGAUUCUACAUGUUUUGGACAAUGAUAAUUGUUCUACAGGUGCUGAUUCCAAUUUCCCUCUAUGUGUCCAUCGAAAUUGUCAAGCUUGGGCAGAUCUAUUUCAUUCAGAAUGAUAUUGACUUCUAUAAUGAAAAGCAAGACUCAACCAUUCAGUGCCGAGCUCUAAAUAUAACCGAGGACCUUGGUCAGAUUCAGUAUGUCUUCUCUGACAAAACAGGAACUCUUACUGAGAAUAAAAUGGUGUUUCGUCGCUGCAGCAUAGCAGGUGUGGAGUAUCCCCAUGAUGAAAAUGCAAAAAGACUGGAGUUAUAUCAGGACCAGGAUUUGGAUGAUGAGGCAUACCAGAGUGUGAGGGCAAAAUCCAAAUCCAAAUCCAGCCUGAAGUCCCGUAGCUGCAAGUCAUUAAACUGCAACCGGAGCACCACCUCUCUCCACACUCUUGCCUCCAGCAGCUUUGACCUCGCAGAGGAGGAGGGGGACACAUACAGCCCUCGCCAUACUGCUUUCAGCAGCCGGAUGGAAAGAGAUGUGGUGCCUGAUGCUCAGCUACUUAAGAAGUUCAACCAGAUUGUCUCUCCCUCUGUAAUGUUGGAGGAUGCAUCUGGAGAUGGAUCGCUGGAAAUGACUUACAUUGUAGACUUCUUUCUCGCCCUUGCAAUUUGUAAUACUGUUGUUGUAUCAUCACCAAACCAGCCAAGACAUGUGACCCAGAUCCCUGAUGUUUCCAGAACUCCCCUAAAAUCUCUGGAGGAGAUCAAACAGCUGUUUCAGAGGUUCUCUGUUUCUCGGUUCAGCUCAUUUUCACCCUCUAGUGGCAAGGGUUAUCCUACAGAUAGUCCUAGCAGUUUCACAAGGAAGCUCCGAUAUUUCAGUAAAGUAAAACCAUCGUCACCAAGCGUGCUCAAAGAAGAACAGCAGAAUGUUGCAGGAUCAGCUGUGGAAGACCAGUCUGAUGGCAGCCAGUUUCUGAGUGAUUUCACAAAUCAGCCACAGGUCGAAGAAGCUGCUGGCAGCAUCCUGUCUGAUCCUGUGGCUAUGCAGCCUGGUAUUGAUGAGCUGAAUUAUGAGGCAGAAAGCCCUGAUGAAGCAGCAUUAGUACAUGCUGCAAGAGCUUACAAAUGCACUUUACGCGCCAGGGCCUCUGACCAACUCACUGUAGAGUUACCUGGUGUUGGAAACUUGAACUUUCAUCUUCUGCACAUUCUGCCAUUCGAUUCUGUUAGGAAACGAAUGUCAGUUGUGAUCCGACACCCCAUCACAAAUCAAGUUGUGGUCUACACCAAAGGGGCUGAUUCAGUUAUAAUGGAUCUUCUUGCCAGCUCCCUUAAAGUUUCAGAUGAUGUUCUGUCAGGAAAAGAGCAGAGAAAAAUUAAAGAGCUCACACAAAAACAUUUAGAUGACUAUGCUAAAGAAGGACUGCGCACUUUAUGUAUAGCUAAAAAGGUCCUUCGUGAAGCUGACUAUGAGGAGUGGUUGAAACAUCAUUACUUGGCAGAAACCAGUAUAGAAAGCCGAGAGGAGCUCUUGAUGCAGUCUGCAUUUAAACUUGAAACAAAUUUAAUGCUGCUUGGGGCCACCGGUAUUGUGGACCGACUUCAGGAGGAUGUUGCAGAAACAAUUGAAGCUUUGCAGAAAGCAGGCAUAAAAAUGUGGGUCCUAACAGGAGACAAACAAGAGACUGCAGUCAACAUUGCUUGUUCUUGUAAACUGCUGAGCCCUACUGAUCAAGUUUUAACUGCAAAUUGCAAUAGCAAGGAGGCAUGUGAGGCCUUGUUUCAUCGACUACUUGAAACAGUCCGGGAGAGUGAGCCAGGGGAAAAAGCAGUAGGCACCACCUUCACACUAGUCAUUGAUGGCAGAACCCUGGAUUUUGCUCUGCAUAAAAGUCUGGAAGAGUCAUUCCUGGAAAUCACCAAGCACUGCCGAGCUGUCAUCUGUUGUAGAUCUACACCACUGCAAAAAAGCCAAGUGGUGAAACUUGUACGGGACAAACUGAAAGUAAUGGUGUUGGCUAUAGGUGAUGGUGCUAAUGAUGUCAGUAUGAUCCAGGUUGCAGAUGUAGGAAUUGGAAUUUCAGGACAGGAAGGCAUGCAGGCUGUGAUGUCCAGUGACUUUGCAAUUUCAAGGUUCAAACAUUUGAAAAAGUUACUGCUUGUCCAUGGACACUGGUGUUAUAUAAGAUUAGCAAACAUGAUUCUUUAUUUCUUCUAUAAAAAUGUUGCUUAUGUGAGCCUCCUGUUCUGGUACCAGUUCUACUGUGGAUUUUCAGGCAGUACUAUGACAGACUAUUGGAUACUCAUUUUCUUUAACCUGCUUUUCACUUCGGCUCCCCCGCUUAUUUAUGGCAUCUUGGACAAAGAUGUCUCUGAAGAGACCCUUAGAGACAUACCCGAACUUUACAAAAGUGGCCAAAACUCAGAGGCCUACCUACCCUCCACUUUCUGGUUUACCAUGUUGGAUGCACUUUAUCAAAGCCUUAUUUGUUUUUUCAUUCCAUACUUGGCAUAUGCUGAUUCUGAUAUAAGUGUUUUCUCCUUUGGAGUACCAAUAAACACAGCUGCCCUCCUAAUUAUUCUCCUGCACCUUGUCAUAGAGAGCACAACCUUGACAUGUAUACACAUAAUUGUGUUUGUUGGGAGUGCACUGUUUUACUUUGUGUUUGCACUGACCUUCAGUGCCACUUGUGUGACCUGCAACUCUCCAGCAAACCCCCUGGGGAUCAUGGAACAGCAGAUCUCAGAUCCCAUCUUCUACUGUGUCUGUGUCCUGACCACCGUCUUGGCACUCCUUCCAAGGAUUCUAUAUCGAAGUAUUCAGAACAGUGUUUUCCCACCAGACAUUAUAAAAGCUGCAAAAUUUGACAAGCUUAGCCCAGAGAAACGUAGGCAAAGAAUUGAGAAAUGGAAUGAAAUGCAAAAAGUAAAUGACCUGCUCCUUCCAGGAAGCAUCAGGAACACUAAAUUGACUGAAGAUGGAGUGUCCAUAAGAGAAUGCAAUAUGCAUAGAGAAUCUUAGUUAACGUGACUGUCUUGCUGAACCAAACCACUGUACAGUAUAUUGUAAAUGUAUGAGGACCUUAUAACUCACUUGGAAAACACGAACCCUAUACGCACCAAAGAAUAAGCAGGGCUACGGAAGUGACUAUAUGACAUUCUUUUUUUUAACACUGAAUGGGAACUGAAGUAAGAUUUAGAGCGUUAGAUUUCCAUUGAUAUGCAAGACCGCUGCCCCAUAAAAACAAACACACCAAAUGCAAUCUCUAAUUUUUCGACAAUAUGUGUUUGCCUUUGGUAUAAAUAACUAAUAAAUAGCUAUAUGAACAACUGGACUACAUUUUAUAGGGUAUACUGUACGUGACCUGAUUUACAAAAUCUGUUGUCUUUGUGUCUUCUCCAUUUUGUGAUGUUGAAUCAUGUGCCUGUCUUAAAGUCAGAGUUGUCAAAUCCUGUUCCUGAAGAGUUCAAUGUCUCUGAGUGUAUUUAGGUCUUUUUAAAGAAUUUGUGCCUUAGAAAUUAGAUAAAACAUUAAAUUGGUACAAUUAAGUCAAUAAUAUGUUGAUAAAACUUCAUAAUACCUGUGUUGGACUGAAAACUUGAAGACACUAUGACCACCCAGGACCAGAAUUGUAUUGUAAUUCCCGUUAAAUGUCAACCUACUCAUUCCAGUCUGGCAGUGUUUUGUAUGCUAUACAUAAAGCUGAACUGAAUGACCAGUUUUCGUGAAGAAGCAUGUUGUGCUGUUCUUAUUCUGCACAAAUGCUAAUAAUCUAACACUAUACUGGUUUGUAAUCAAGGAUUGUGUUUACAAGCAAACAUAUUAACUGCAGGAUUACAACAAAAAUAUUUUAGUUUAUAUUUGUGUUUUUUACACAUUUGAGUUGAGUCAAAAAAGAACAAAACCACAAAAUAAAUAGUCAAUGGACUUUUGAUUUUGUCCUUUUGAAAAUGAUUAAGAAUAUGGUAUACUGUAGCUACAGCUGACAAUUUCAAAACAAACUUUUUACAGUUCAAUAAAUAUGAAUGACUGUAAUCUUUAAGACCUUGGUCUUUGCUAGUGAUGUUUUAAUGAAUUAUAUUUAUCAUUUGCACUCACCAAAAAUUGUUUUAAAUGCCAAAAUGAAUCUUAAACCAUGUCACUGUCUUUUAUCAUGGCCAGUCAUUGUGAAUGUAUAGAAAUUGAAGUGUAUGUAUUUGGAAAAUAUUGAACAAAUCCUCCAGCUGAAUUUAAUGCAUUUGCCUGACAACAUACUGUACCUAUUAUCUUUAAUUUUGUUAGUUAACAAACCCUCUAUACAUGUAGAUUAUUUUACCAAGUUUUAAUCUGUAUUUCCUUUUCCAUUUGACUAAAACUGUUUAUGUGUUUUUAAGUGCAUCUUAAAUUACCAGGAAAGUCAUUUCAGUUUUGAGACACAAUUACAGUACUUUCUGUAUUAUAAAACUGACUUGUUUAUAUUUUAAAGAGAAGAGGUGAUAAAAGUUUUACAAUAUUUAUGACACAGAAAUUAAAAUUAAACUGCAAUAAUCAUGAGUGCAUCUGAUGUAGGUUGUUAGUUAUUUUUAUUUGAUCAUUUUAGCAUUAUUUUUCCUCGGCAGAAAUCAUUCAACAGGCAACUGACGUUAAAUAUUUGUAUUCAUUGAGGAAAGGAUUUAAGUUGCAGUAAUUCUUGUUUUUUUUCUGUAAGACAUUGAUGAACCUCUAACUACAGCUUAAAAACAGUACAUGGCUCAAAAUGUAAAAAUCAGACAGGAGCCCAUAUGUAGCACAGGGAGUAAAUAUAAGAAGUUCAUGAAUGACCACAAAUUAAAAAAUAAACAUUGUGGAUGGAAUAAAUUUACAGUAGCUUAUUUCA